AUGGGUGCUGCCUCGGCCGGCAAUGGCGGCGCAACGGAUUGGACGUCAUUUUAUCCAAAUGACUGGAAGCUAAGCCAGGAUCUCCUCGUCUACUACAGUCGACGAUUACAGAAGAUUGAGAUGUGGCCUUAUUUUGACAUUCCUCAUUACUUGUUUGCUGCCCUUUCCGUCCGAGAAGACCUAGGGCUCCAAGCUCUUCCUUUCGCGCGGCAGCACCCGUUUUCAUGUUGGCUCUCGACGAUGAUGAUUUCAUUUGCCGGCACAUUCCUCGCGAAUUUCUUGCUCGGCGAGGCUCCGAUCGAACCUUUCAAGGACCAUUUCGAUAUUAUCGUUGCAACCUGCGCGUGGUAUGUGAUAUUCUACUCUCCGUUCGACGUCGUCUACAAGCUAACCAAGUUUUUCCCGAUUAAAGUCGUCCUAUCCGUGCUCAAGGAGAUUCAACGGGCUUAUAAGGUAUCCCACGGCGUUGCGCACGCUCGUCGACUUUAUCCAGAAUCUUAUCUGGUCCAAGCUAUGGUCGGGAUAUCGAAGGGCGCCGGUGGUGGUAUCGUCAAAACUGUAGAACAGCUGAUCCGCGGAGUCUGGACGCCGCAUAGCCACGAAAUCCUGCGGCCAACGUUCCCGACAAAGGCCUGUGUUAUCGCGGCGACGAUAUUUACGAUCGAACUGAACUCCAACCUGAUAACGGCGCCCUACGAUCUCGUCUAUUUGACAGUCGUCGGCUUCUUCGUGUAUUUCAAGUUGUCAUCGCUGUUCCUUGACGUAAAGGACCCGCUGGCUCCAUUGGAGAAUUUGUUCUGCGCCAUAUUUAUGGGCGGGAUUUGGGACGCUUUCUCCAGAGCAGUAGAAACGACGAAAGACGAGGUAAAAGCGACGAAAAAGAACAAAACGAACGAGGAUUUCCUCGCCGAGUCCGUGACCCAACAGAAAAACGGCACCAAGAAGGAGACGAAAAAGACCAAG